GGCAUUUGCGGCCCGUGUCGUCGUGCCCUAAUUUCUUAAGCCCCUAACCUAACCUAACCUACCGCCGGCAAAGGCCUCUGCCGAACUCUCACCGAUAAGAAAAGGUUGAGUCUUCGAAAACGACCCCAAAGGUGAAUGAAUCUGGUAAGAUCGUCGGGCAGUACCAAAUUAAUUCACUGAACACAAAGCAUAAGGACCUCCGCAUUGUCUUUCUCCCCAUAUUGUGGGGGAACGGGAGCUAAUUGCAAUCGGUGGAAAUCCAACCAAAUCGCUCAUUCAACAUCCACCGCAGUGGAUCCUCUCCUAUUACGACGAAUCCGAGCAACUUGACACGUCGUCUGGUUGCCCACGAGAACCCCCACACCGACAUGAUUCAUGAAUUUUCAUUGCUCCCCGCAUUUUCCUCAAAGUGCAUAAUACAUAUCUCUCAUGUCGGUGCCGGACAAGAUCCGUGGAGGUCCAUGCAGUUUCCCCCUCCCCAAAACUAAACUAAGAUACUCACUUUCAACGCACACUCGCUGUGAAACACAUCCAUCUCUGAACGCAAGAAUUCUGACGGAUCCAAAGUGCUUCACACCAGCCAGCAGAUGCACCGCCGUAUAAUGCGAAUCUCAUUCCCAUGGACACCACCUCAAACGAGGCUUCCAUACGUCUACAGCCCUUAGGUGGACAUGGCACCUUCACCGUCAAAACCACCAGCGCAGCCUUUCUCGCAAUUGCUCUAUACAACGCGAUUGAGCUUCUGAUCCUGAUCCUGGCGAACUUCCAUCAUCAUCACGGUAUCUACUUCUGGUCGAUGCUCCUAUCGACUGCCCUGGGCGUCAUCCCUUUCUCGAUAGGUGCCAUCAUUGAUCUCUACAACCUGGGCCCACUAUGGCUGAUCCUCGUCAUGAUCGACUUGGGCUGGGUGUUCAUGGUCGGCGGGCAAAGCGUGGUCCUCUACUCCCGGUUACAUCUCGUGUCGCGCAAUGAUCGUGUUCUCCGCUACCUCCGCUAUAUUAUCAUCAUUGAUACCAUUCUCCUCGCCACGCCGAUGUCCAUCAUUUACUUCGCCACCGCCUAUUCGACACCGACCGUAUGGGCUAGGGCCUUCUACAUCAUGGAAGUCAUCCAGGUCAUCUGGUUCUCCGUCCAGGAAUGCGUCAUCUCCACCUUCUGGAUCGUCGAAACCGCUAAGCUGAUUAGGCUCCGCCCGGGAUACGACCGACAUCGCAACCGAAUCAUGUACGAGAUCCUGGCGAUGAAUCUCGCUGUUAUUGCCAUGGAUAUUGCGCUCUUGGUGCUACAGUUUUCGGGUUAUUACUACGUCCAGGUGCCCGUAAAGGCAACCGUAUACAGUAUAAAGCUGAAGUUGGAAUUUGCAGUCUUGGGAAAGCUUGUAUAUCUCGCAACCCACCCGGUUGACUCCAUGGGACUCGAAGUAUCCCCGGUCAUGGCACCCGUUGAUGUGGCCCCAAGUACCUCUCCGUCAAGCGGAGCUUCAAAAUUGCAGCAGUCAAUGAAAGAUCCGUUUGGAUUCUGGAAGCCCACGCAAAAGCACAACACGGCGAGUGGAGGGCUGAUGUGAUCCUGCAGAGAGUCGGCUUGGAUGUCCACUGCAUCAUCUAGCGCUUGUUUUGUCACACCACGUUGUUCCUUGUACAUAAUGCAUGUAUUAUAUGACUAAUGACUUUCUUUCUGUACCUUAUGUUAAAGAUCCGCUUCAA